CAUGAACGACUGGCUACAAAUUGCUUGAAAUGAGCUAACAUUCGUUGAAUGUGAUUCGUGUGAUACGGUUGAUUUCCACGAAACGGGCUUAAAUUAAUCGAAUAAAACGAAGAACAAUUCUCAGUGCAGUUUCUCUUUUUUUCUUGUGGAUUUUUUUUUUAAAUUUAACGCAACCUGUUACUCCAAGCAAGAAGAAGAAGAAGAAGAAGAAAAAAAGUGUGAACGCAAUUACAAAACUAAAAAUAGCCGCGCAAAACAAUCAUAAUAAGAUAAUUUACUUUAAAUACAAAAAUAAUAAUGGCUGAGCUGCAAGUUCAAGGCGCAGAGAUUCAAGACGCAGAGAUUCAAGGCGCAGAGAUUCAAGGCGCAAGUGAGAAAGAAGAAGAGAUUAAUGAAAACCAAAACGAAAUAGAUCAAAUCGGAAAUAUGGUUCAUGCCAAUGACCAUUUCGCGGGUCUACCUCGAAUGGAAGCUCUAGUUCGAAUCGCAAAUAUCCCACUCGUUGAAACUGGCGUUAAAACAGCCGGCAAGGUUUAUUAUAAUCUAAAGCAACGUAAUGGAUUACUUACAUGGAGUUUUAACACGGCCGAAGGGGUUAUAUUUGCUGCUGUUGAGACCGUACGACCAGCAGUAAAAAUAAUUGAAGGUCCAUUGCAUCGCAUCGAUCAAAUUUUAUGCAAUAGCUUGGAUAUUGUUGAACAACGGGUUCCAUCUAUCUAUUUGCCACCACAAAUGAUGUUUAACAAUACCAAAGAAUAUAUGACGGAUCAUUUGGUGCAGCCAGUGUUGAAAGGUGGUUCAAUGAAGCAUCUGGGAACAGCCGUGCUCGAUAGUCCGUUGUCAGCAUAUGCAGCUGAUCGUAUCGAUGGUGCAAUUAACGUUGCUGAUAAAUAUGUCGAAAAAUACUUACCAUCCGAGGAUCAGAUUGAUUCUGCUAUAAGUGAGGAUGAUAAUGAAAGUAAGCCGAUUCAUACAUUUCACAAAAGUCAAAGGUUUUCUCGAAAGUUGAAGCGUCGUUUGACACAACGCACUAUUCUCGAGGCCCGAGCAUUGAAAAAGCAAAGCAAAGAAGCUAUCCAUAUUUUGAUUUAUGCCGCUGAAUUGAUUGCAACUGAUCCAAAAUUGGCACUCGAGAAAGCUCGUGAAUUAUGGGGAUACCUAAGCAAAGACGAACCGGAAAAUCAAGCCAGACCACAAACCAUUGAAGAAUUGUUGGUUUUGAUCACUAGAGAAUCGGCACGUCGCAUGGUACAUUUGAUCAAUUAUACAGGAAACACCGCAACGAAACUACCAAACAAUGUUCGCGAUCUUCUUCAUCACUUUCUUUACGCUGCUGACUCACUGAUAAGAACUGCACACUUGGAAAAGGCCAAAUCGACCGCUGUCAAUGAAGCAUACGGAAUUAUCGCCAAAGUUUCGGUGUUGUACACUUUUUUGCAAACGUACUCAUCAAGUGCAUUGGAGCGUUUGGCAUACAUUUUGGCCGGUCGAAUGAAAAAGAGCAACGGAACACCAACUUACGUGAAUUCGGUUAAGCCAAACAAGUCGAAACAAAAUACACGCCACGUUGGAAAUAAUUCAUCGCGCACCCCAUCAACUGUCGCCGGUGCUGCUGUCGCCGCCAACAACAAUCCAUCCUCCACAGUAAUCAAUCCAAAUGGACUUUCGACCUACUGAAUAUAUGUCAUUUCACUGAUAUUAUUUUUUAUUCUCUUCAUUUUUAGAAAAUAAGUCUGAUAAGUCUAACGAAUUUUAUAAACGUUAAAUACUUUAUGUAUGUGUAGCAUUGUCCGAUAUUCACUUUUAUCUAUGUUUUAAAAGUUGGCGAAACAGUUGACUAACAACUAACUAUUUUCAAAAAAAGAAAAAGAAAAAGUAAGAGAAAAAUUGAAGUUGAAGAACAAACCUUUUGAUGCGUGAUUUGGUAUUACUCCGGCGACAACACUAACACAAUAUACAAUUAAAAAAAAACGAAACAUUCAUUUGAUCAAAUAGCUAAAGCGACAGUUAAUUAGACAUUUGAAUCAAUGGUAAUCAAUCGAAUUAAAUAACAAAUAGUUAAUUAAAAACAAAAACAGUUAAAGUAGGUUCAAGUACAAAGUUUAGCAACAGGGUGCAUAAAUACUUCUUUUUUUGAUUAAAUGACUUCAUCUAAAGGUUUUUUUUCUUGAGCUAGUUACUAUAUGGAACACUUUUUUUUGUACUAGAUUUAGAUAUUAUUUCCGUACUGUGCAGUUUUUUUUCAUCAUUUUUGUAAUAACAAAAAUAUUUUUAUUAAAGAUAAUCCAAGAAAAUAA